GCAGGAGCCGGAGCCGGAGCCGGAGCCGGAGCCGGAGCCGGAGCCGGAGCCGGAGCCGGAGCCGGAGCAGGAGCAGGAGCAGGAGCAGGAGCAGGAGCAGAACUGAGGGUAACUGUGACAGAAAGUGGCUCUGCUUCGCGAGAAAGCACAGCAAGCCGGAGUGCCAUGCUGUGCAGCAUUGCAGUGCCAACCAGCACCCUCUGUGCUGUGGAGACAGAGUCAGUCCCGGGCAGCCCUGUGUUCUGAGCAGAUACAGCUCCCACCACUCCCAAACCUGGAGUGGGGCUCAGCAGGACUGGAGCCCAGACUGCUCCUCUGGCAGGGAGCAUCGCAGGCUUCCAGAGAAGUCUUACCCCAAGAAAAUGUGGUGGGACCAGUGCAGAUACCUCAACAGGUACACUCCAUACGAAGCCAGGGAGCGCAGUGUGAAACGGUCACACAAGGAUUCUUCCCAGGCCAGGAAGGGCCAGGAGCUGCCUGCCCUGCUGUGGGAGUGGACCGGCUUCCACAGCCCACACACUGGUGCUUCACCGCCUUUCCCUCUGCACCCUGAGUGCUACCCUCAGGAGAAAGCUGCCUUCGGGGCUGACCACAGUGGCUGCAGCCUGUCGCACCGGAUUCAUGGACGUGAAACCAUGAGGUCAGGCAAGCGCAGGUACCAGAGUGCAGAAAGUAUCUGUAACGGGGGUAGCACACCAAAGAAAGCCCGCAGGAGCCUACCGAGAGACCUGGAGGAGCCUAACAAAUCUAAAGCCAAACACCAUGAGCAGGAGCACAGGUGUCUGCUGGACACAGACCUCCCAGUAGUGCAGUCAGACACUCAGCCCUGCAGAUACCAAAAGAAGAGGCACUCGGAGAACUUUGGAACAGAACCAGGACUUCACUCACCCAAGACCACAAGCUGUGAGACUGUGGAUGAUGUCUGGAGACCUCAGGGUAGCUCCCUGCUUGCUGAUGGCCUGCCUGUGGAGGGCUUUGGACUUUUUCAAAUGGAAAAGAAACCCUUAAAGCUGGACAGCAGGACUGACCGGUACCAGUAUGGCCAGGGUGAUUGACAACUUGAUCUCGGAACAAAUAAUAAUCACUAGCUCAGGUAAGUGCUUCCCCUGUACAUUUUCUUCUUCAUAGAAGCACUGGGAAGGGACAGAGAAGGCGUCACAUUUCUGAGGAAAGUCAAGGGUCAUGGAGUGGUGAGCUAUGGAACCAGCAGCAAUGAUGGGGACCUCUGAAUUCUAAGCAAGCACUGGAGGGUGGGGACCUCGUCUCCCUGGCUAGGGAAGGGGAGGCGCUGCUUCCUCCCACCUUCCUCCGUGGAAGAAACCCACAGGGAACCCCCAUCAGAAUCAGCCACCAUGAGAUAAGCAUCUGGGAGGAGAACCCCUUGUCCCCUCCCCAGAAAGCAGAGGCCAUCACAAGAGCUCAGCACCGAGGCCUGGUGUUCAGGCAGAGACUGGGUCACAACCCUCACUUCAAACUGCCACCUUGUUGGGAUGAGGUCCAGGGGACCAGAGCAGAGCCUUCAUUUUAUGGAGGAUGUGUCCCAGUCUCUUGUGUUCUGUGGUCCUGGGAGGUGGCAAUUCAUGUUACAUGUUAUGCACUGGGCAAAAAGGGAAAGGUGAACCAUUUAACUCUUGAAAGGAAAAUUGUCCUUGUGUGUCUCAAGACCAAUCAGCAAGGAUGAUUUUAAAUGAACUUGGAGGUGAACUAUCGAAAGACGAUCGUUGUAUGCAGUUAAUUAACAUCCUUUACUUGUGUGUCCUCAAGGGAAAGCCUUAAGUCUGAGGACUGAAAGUCUUCUGGAGUGAAAGAGGAUCUAAGGAUUGGGAAGGACUGGCCACAGCUGGGUUCCAGGCUAUGCAGGUGCAGUGUGGCCCAGCAGGUGGCGCCUCCCUGGCCAGGCCCCCAAGAGCUCCUCUGCAGCUGCCUGGCUUCCAUGGGUUCCUCUACUGCCUUUCAGAAAGGCAGCAAUGGCUUCAGUUGAAAAGAGCUUCCUGAAGAGCAAGGGGACCUGAGGACUGGGGGGGACAGAAAGGGGAACCUGGCUCCGGGGGGACCCUCCUUUUGACUAAUGCCUGUGCCUCCUGUCUUUCAGAUUCAACAUGUUCCACAGCAGUCAUCCCAACUCAGUUACAUUAUUAACAUAAAUUUGUUCAAAUCUGUGUGAUGGCUCUUUAGUAAAUGCUGUACAUAUUUUGCCAUGAUUCUUUGGGUUUUUAUCUUUUCUUAAUUGCUCCUAUUCCAAAAGGAUGAAUGCUUUCUGCACCUGUGGACAUUGUAAAAUGCUGUGUAUAUAAAUCACAAUGAAAAUAACACUCAGCCACAGCACAUCUCACGUGCUGCUGAACUGCACCAUUACACACUCAGGCUGAGGACUCAUAUUUAUGUAGUGUUCCUCCAAGUUAGACACGUGAUUGUGCAAGACCAACUGGGAAACCAUGGAAUUAUUAAAAGGACAAACUGACAGCACAGGGAUUUCAUUUAAAGACUUACUUAAAAAUUUACAAGCUUUCAACUCGACCUUUGAUGGCAGGCUGUUAUCUGUGGUGUGUGACACUAAGAAAAUUAAUUUGCUUCCUAGUUUAAUUG